UUUUCUGUCGACGUAACGCAGGGCUACCACCAACUUCUUGCCAAGCUGUUUUCCGACGGCACCACAGAGUCGAGUCCCCAGAGUUGCACAACCGUCUCGAAGUUCUGGCUGCGCGUGGUGGGCACGGCAGUGGGAUACACUCACGCCGUCACGGCAGAUAUUCCAGAAGGCGCUUUCGAACUGUGGAGCAACUUUUACACUUCGUCCUAUCUCCACUUGGGAGGCAGGGAAGAUUAUCUUUAUGGCGGCCUCGAUGAGGAAUUUCUCGACAUGCGUACAGCUGUCCCAAAACCCGGUGAAAUACUGGAAAACAAGAUCUGGAAAGAAGUGAGAUUCUACGCAGGGAGACUUCCCGUCUCGGCACAAAACCUACCGGAGGGUAAAGAGGCCGCUGUGGUGUAUGGUGCGUUCGCCGUUUACAGUGGUUACGAUGACGUAAUACCUGUGAGUUGGUCCUUUAUUACUUCAGGAAAGACGGAUUUUUUUCUCGAUGGUGUUUCUGUGUACAGCCGCGGGAGCGAGGGAGGAAGCUUGAACGAGAGUGUCGCUACACCUCUUUCGAAGGGAUGGCAUGAGACGAUUGUACGCAUUGUCGCUGUGAAGGGUCAGUCUUGGUCUUUCAACAGUUUCAUUCACUGCGACAACUAUCGCCUCGCGGGUGCAAUGUUCCCCGGUACCAGUUUGCCCCUCGGCCUCUCCCCUAUUCGCCCAGGCGUCCCUCUCUCGGCACUGAUGGAGUUGGUUGGUGACAAAUCUGGGGAGGGUGCGAUCCCGUUGGAUCCGUCCAAUUUAACCACAGCCAGCGAGACAUUUGCUGACAUCCCUAUAGACCCAUCCUACACACCCGGCCUGCUCUCAACGCAGAACGUCUGGACGCUGGGGAUAGAGCGCCAAUACCGGUGGGUUGCAGGUACGAGCACAGAUGGUCUCUGGGGGCGCCGCGCCUUUGGCGGGAACUUUAAUCAGUACUGGUCUCUCGCGCUGUAUGCCACAAAUCAGAUGCAGGUGGCGGUACGUAUUGUCUUCCACGGGGGCUACGCGAUGUGGCUGGAUGGUAAGGCUUUUGGAUCGGCAGCUGUUACUUGGUCCGGGGAGGGUCAUCACGAUGUGGCGCUGACAGAGGGCUGGCAUCAGCUAAUAGUCAAGCUGAGGGCGAACGACUCAUUUCACUUGCUUGACACGAAGAAUGGCACAGUGACUUGGACAAAGGCAAAUGCUUUCUGUGCUGCGAAUGGUGGUCUGCAGCUGUGUACAUAUCAUGCCGUAUGUCCGCUUGGUGUCGGACGCCCGGGCGUGAUACCUGUUUCCGGGGGCUCCACUUUCGUCCCCGUUGUCACCCAGCGGAAUGGAUGGGUGCAGGUGUCGAAGGACGGUGGCAAUGAAACGUCAAUAUGCCAGAGUUGGCGAGAGGCGCACGGUGGUGAAGCUCCCAGCUGGGGUGAGGAGGACGACGAUAUACCCGAGCGUCACUUUGUGCCGUGUUGUGGUGGCGACCUACCACCUUCCAUGUGGCUGAGUCUAACCCCGGCGUCCAGUGCGGACGGCGAGUUAGGCUACACAUAUGAUCACCCCAUCUUCGUCGAGGCACCCGUUUUGACAGUAGACAAUCCCAUAGCCCUUACGCAGAGGGUGACCAUGACCUCCGCAACCAAUGGAGCCACCAUCAAGUACGUCAUCGGAGACGCCACUGACAUGAAGGAGUACACAGACCCCGUGACCAUCACAGAGUCCUCCAUGAUCACAGCUCAGGCGUUUGCACAAGAACGUGCGAGCCAGCAGGCACGCCUUUUCGUCAAUAUCCCCACGACACCGUCUCUUGAUCGUGCCACUUGUGUGACAGGCGCGUCGUGUCCGCUGAAGGUGAGUGGGGUGGAUCCGGGCUGGCGUAUUUCGCUACUAGCCACGACUGCACCUG